AUGGGGGUCAGAUCUGCUUCCACGGGUAUUGCCCCAACCAACUACUUGGAGGCACAGAACUGGCUGCUGACCACUGGAAGAAUGAGCCAAGACAUCCAGAACAAGCUUGGAGGUCAGAGUGUGGCACCUCCCAAACUCACCGAAACCAGUGGAAAAAGGAGAGUGCUGGUCAUGGGCUUGCAUGAGGUCGAUCUGUUCAUUUUGGGGGCCAUGCCAGAGGGGACUGCCAAAGAUCUUCUGAACGAUGCAGUCUUCGAAGCAAUGUCUGCCUCCAACGGCAAGGAACGUGUGGUGAACGAAACCUCCUUCCUGAACUUCUUUGCCAAGUGCGGCAAGGAAUGCAGCAACGGUGAGGCUGUUGACAUCCCGAGUGAGGAGGAGCUUCGUUGCUUGCUGUGCUCCUGGGAUUCGGAGGGGCACCUGGAUGAGGACAGGGUGCAGGAGAUCCUGCGGCGGUGCAUGAAGGUGGUGAACAAGACUACCCUAACUGAUGGCGUCAGCAGCAAGUCCUCGGUAGUUCGCAAGUUGGAGGUGAACGAGGUUCUGAUGCUGCAGUCUGUGCCCUGCAAAGACAGCGAGAUCGACGUCCUACGCGUGAAGGUGCAAGCCCUAAAUGAUGGAGCUGAAGGUUGGGUCACGAUGUCUGGCAACCAGGGCACCGAGUAUCUCAAGGAGGGUGGCAACAUCUUCAAAGUCAAGAAGGAGACGCUGCUCACCGAAGACUUGGAUAUCACUGCGGGGGCGAAAGAGAAGGCCUCACAACUGAAGGACGCAUGGUAUAGCCGGGAUCCGGUAUAG